AUGCAAGUUUUGAAUAAUGAAUACAUAAACCACACUUCGUCUCUACCAGUCGCCUGGAACAACCGGCUCCUUGGCCAAAGGAAUGUUUCUCUCGUACUUGGUUCCGCCCGGUCUGCAAGGUGGAAUAUAUGGAUCUGGGUGGGCGUACUCGGCCAAUUUCGCCUUUGCCUGCUGGAUUACACUCUCCAAUUCAUUGGGGUCGGAAAUGUGUUUGUUGGCUUCGAACUGCGAUCUGAUUUUGAUGGUUUCUCUUCUGUAGGCGUCGAAUUUGAGCGACGAGUCAAAGGCGGUUCUCAACGCUUGUCUGAACAAGGACGCAACACGCUUGCUGUUUGCCUCGGUGAAGGGGAAAAUGGGCUUGGUCAUGCUGAAGAGAUUCCUGAGGUUGUAUUCGAUAAUGCUAAAACUUUUAUUGGACAGUGCGCGCUGGUGCACGGGUGUGAACCCAGACCUUCACAUAUGCUCUACAGAUUUGUCUAA